AUGGCUGAGUUUUUGUGCAAUGUUGAUGAGCAGCUUGUUCCAAAGGUUGGGAUGACUUUUAACACGCUUGAAGAUGCUGCAAAAUUUUAUAAAGAUUAUUUGAAAGCAAAGAUGCUUAAACAACAUAGGGAAUUAAGUAUGUAUGUCCGACGUACAAUAGAAAAUAACGAGAAAGCCAGAAUCAUAUCAAACAAAAUAUACCAAUCAUUUGUUGCAGCAGCAGGAGGUUAUCAUGAGUUAAGUUUUAUUGAAAAAGAUGUGAGAAAUUACAUCACAAGAGAAGUGUGGAAUAUUUCGGAACUAGAAGAUGCAAAAGAAUUUGGAAAAUAUUUAUUUAGAAUGAAAGAGAAGAAUCAGAAUUUCUUUUUCAAGCUUGAACUUAAGGUUGAUCAGUCGAUUAAGAUUGCUUUUUGGACCAACGCAAGAAGCAUGGCUGUCUUUGAGUAUUUUAGAGAUGUUAUUUCAUUCGAUACCACUUACAAUACAAAUAGGCAAUAUGCUAUUCUAAUUUAUCUGUAUUUGGUACCAUUUUCGGUGUACAGAGAUGUUAUUUCUGUGUAUUAA